GCGUGCGUGUAGGGGUUCAACACAACUCAGUGAUUGACAAUUUCCUGGAGGGAGGUCCCUUCCUUAUGUGAAAUUUCCACUGCUUGGGUUUAGAUUGCGCUGGUUGUCUCACCUAUGAUGAGCACGUUGUCCACCUCACACAAUGGAUUAAACUUGGAGUUGUGAGAGGGUCUAAGUUUGCCAUAGCUGACUACUUUACAAAGCUGAUUUAAGUCUCAAGGGAGGGAAACGCGAAAAACAAGGCAUGAUUCAGAGGACAGAGCUGGUGCUCUCGGUCUUGGGGGAGCUGCAGGAGGCCACAGAGUGCAUAGGUCUUGAUGCCCUCACUAAAGUUGCUGUGGAGGUGGAGCAGAUCCUGGCCCCUUUCCAUCUUCCUACACCACUCUGCUCUGAGAUCUCUUCAUGGCUGGGCAUUGACGCAGUGGCUCACAGACUGUACCCAGCAGACGCACCGACGGGAUUGCUUCCUCUGGUCUGCAAAGGAGAAGGAAACCUGCUGUUUGAUGCAGCUAGCAUGCUUUUGGUGGGCUCUACGAGCCUGAGUCUGGAGCUGCAGGUCAGAACUGUGGUGGAGAUGCUGCUUUGGAAGCGAUACUACCUGUGUGGUAUGAUUGACUCAAAGGUCAUGCUGCAAGCAGUUAGGUUUUCCCUCUGCACCGAGGAGUCUCAGGACAUGCUCAAUCUGCCGAUUCAAGUGCUGGAAGCCAUCUUUGAUGCCGAUGUCAAGGCCUCAUGUUUCCCCGGCUCAUUUGCGAACAUGUGGCAUGUGUAUGCUCUGGCGUCUGUCCUGCAGUGCAACAUUUAUUCGGUUUAUCCCAUGUACAAUUUAAAAAUUCGGCCCUAUUUCAAUCGAGUCAUUCGCCCGAGGACGUGGUCAAAAGACGUUGAGUCCUUGACCCUUCACGUCAUGUGGUCGGGUGACUUGGAGGCAGGCUCUGUUUUCAAACCCCACAACUUUGUGGCCUUGAUUCAUGCGAGCGACCUCAAAAUCGGGAGUCCCAACAGCGAGCAGCGAAUGCCCUCUGUGAAGUCCCUGGAUCUUCUGAAUCAGGACUCCCAGCUGUCUUACUCCAACCUCAAAGACAAGUUCAACAUCACCAAAAGUACCUUUUACCGCUGGAAGAGGCAAAGCAUCGAGUAUCACAAGAAAUCGGUGGCCAGGUAUGAAGCCAAACACUUUUUCCUGACAUCCUACAAGCAAGGGAAGCUUAUUCCCCUCAGCCAGUUCAAACAGCUUUUCCCGGAAAUUCCAAGAUCCACUUAUUAUGCGUGGAAGCAAGAGCUUGUGUCCACUUGCAGUGUCUCGGGCGGCUCCAUGGGGGAGCUGAGUCCUGCAGACAGCACUGAACAGGACUACUGGUCCUCACCAGAAGUCAAGAAGAAACCCAGCCAAGGGAGCUUUGCUAGCAUGUUGGCCUUCAAAUGUGAGAAGCUGGAAGGAGAACGUGCUCAAAAUGUUGCUUUGAUGCAGGAGGCGAAAAAGAGCUUGCAGAACUGCAUCGUUGCUAACAUGGCGUUCCCCUACAGAAUUUUCAAAAGAAGGUUUCCAGGCAUCUCCAGAUCCACAUACUACAACUGGAGGAGGGAAGCCAUGCUGUUUACGCCUUUCAAAGAGCUCUCAGGUAGCAGCGAGGAAAGCUCAGAUGCUGAUAAAACCCAGAGUCCCAGAGGUCAAGUGUCUCCUGCUAAUUUUGACAGACAAAAACUGUCACCAAGAGUGAAGAUCUCCAGACACAAGCAAAGAAGCCUGAGGCUGGCGUACCGCCAGAGGAAAACAUUAAGAGAAGAAGCCAAAAUGCACGUCCAGAGGUCAAAGAUGUCCUUCAUCAAAUUCAAGCUCAAAUUCCCUUCGGUUUCCUCCUCUUUCUACUGGCUCUGGAGAGAUUCUUUGAACAGGAAAACCAAGAAGCCGGUCAUGAGGUCUGCGAUCGAGAAAUCCCAGAGCUUGGCUGUCUCACCAGACGUCUUUGAAAAUAUAAAAUCUCAAAAAAUGUUUUCUUUUGAUGGGAACAUCGAUUGCCUGAAAGGACAGAAAGUUAGUCCCUCUGAAUUCACACUGCCUGAAUACUCUCUGCCUGACCAGUCCAGUAAUGAACAGAUGUUUGUGAUGGAUGUCGUGGCACUGGCCAAUUUCAAAGCCAAAGCAAAGCUGUUCUUGCAACAACGCUUUGAAGAGAAGUCCUUUCCCACAUUCAAAGAAUUCCGGUCUUACUUUCCUCUUACUCCUCGUUCCACCUACUACAUGUGGAAAAGGGCUCUGCAUCAUGGGGUGCCAUUAAUUCAUGGCUGAAUGUUGUGUUAUAUCUCUCACCACUGUAAAGUCCUGUAAUUAAGUCCAAAUGUGACACUACUAAUUUUUAUAGUUCACAAUGCAUUGUUCUUUUUAGUUUGUCUGUUUGUUUUUUGAGUCACCCACAUAAUUGCAGUUCAUGCAUCUUAAUUAUUUGUCCCAUUCCUUUACUUGACCACUUGGUUCUAGCUCAAGGACAUUUGCGUGUGUGUGAAAUCAGACAGUCUUUGUGUCCACCUACAGUAAGUGCUGAUGGCCCCUAGGCAAAAGGCAGUUCAAAGACAUUUUCAGGUUCUCAAAUGCCUCUUUUUUUGACCCCCAACCCCAAAAUAUUUACAAUUUAAAUGAGUUCAAAGUUCUGAUUAGGUUAAUUUUAUUUCUUGUUCAUUUCCUUUUAAUUGUUUUUGAGACUUAUCUUUUAUUUGUAUUACUUAGUUUUUAUUCAGUUUAAACUGUGAAAUUACAGCUGGGGAUUUUUCUUGAACAAAAAAAAAAAAUGUAUAGUAUUUUAAUUCGUACCCUGGAGUGUUCUUUCUUUUUCUUUCUUUUUUUUGUUUUUGUUUUAUACAUAUAUAUUUGAGCGCAGUCUCAUGAAAAUGCGUAUAAAUAGUACGCCAAAUAAAAACGAAAACUCAUGGUAUUGAUAUGCAAAAAUGGACUUUGGUGUGCACAUGAUAAGCAUGUUUGGCGUGCAUAUAAUAUGCAGUUUUUGUGUGCAUAUGAUACGAAAUUUGUUGGCGUGCAUAUGAUAUGCAGGUUUCACAUUCAUAUGAUACGCAUCUACCCCACAACCCUAAACCUACCCAUCGCGUAGCGUAUACAUGCCAAAGUACAUUUUUGCGUAUCAAUACCACAAGUUUUCAUUUUUAUUUGGCCUACUAUUUAUACGCAUUUUCAUGAGAUAGGGUUAUAUAUUUUUAUACUGACAAUUGAAUGUUAUCUCUGCUUGGGAAAUCUUUAUGUGGCCGAUUUAAAAUGGAUUCCUCACACUUGAAUGUUACAGAAUUGUUGCUGUUUUGCACAUUGUUUUUGACCAUGUUUCAGUUCACUGCUGUACCUUUUUUUUUUUUUUUUUUUUUUUUUUUUUUUUCUGCUGAAGAUGUAAAUAUGUUAAUCUCACUUGAUUCUGUUUAAGUGUUUUCUAAAGUUGUGUUUGACUACCUGACAGACUUUUUCAGCUUCACCAUUAUAAUGUUCUGUAACUCUCGGUUAAACAUGAGUUCACAGUGUGCUCCUUGGAUCAUUUUGAUGAAUUUAAGCACAAAACUAAUUUUGUUAAUUUUAUUAUGUUGAGCAUCUCAUGUAUGAGACCAGUUGCUAUGUGCAAUAAAACCUGUUCACUCUUAUA